GACUGCUUGGCUACGGAGGUGAUGAAGCGUAUAACCUCUUCUCACCAAGCUAUAGUUUACAACGUCCCAGAUUCUCUGCCCCUGAAAACUGUAAGACACAAAAUCCUGAUUUGUUGCGGCAUGGCUAGUGUUCCAUGUGAAUGCAAACGACUUCGUAAAAAGUCUAACCAGGCUAAUUGCCCAAUCAUUUUUAAAUUCAGUAAUUCCCUUGAUGCUAGUAAGUUUACUAAAUGUCAGGAUCACUUAAGACUGAAUAGCAGUUAUAAGUCUAUAACCGUAGCUCAGGAUAAAACACCGUGUCAGCGCAGAAUAAUGCGUAGUAAUAACCUGGUCACCUCCUCUAGCUUUGAUUUACCAAAUAAGGAUCGUGCACAGCAACAGACACCUAGUGCUGAAACUAGCAUUCAGCAAACUACACAACAACCACACCUGCCAAUGGAACUAGGAACUGAUUUAGAUACCAGUACCCCUGUAAAUAAAGCCUCAUCGAAAGAUGUUAAAAUGACUAGAACUUCUGCAAGUUGUUCUAAGAAAUUUCCCCCCAAACGUAGUAACCUCACCACGAUGAACAAAUUUCGCAGGGUUGAGACUAAUGAUGGGGAAGAAUACUUUGUAUUCAAUAAGCCUGCUGAGAGUAAGAAUGCCAACAAACCAUCACUUGUUACGAAAAACUCCUCUCGAAACAUAAGUACAUCUGGAGGUGUUCCGCAUGCUCCACCUUAUAGAAAGUCAGGCUCCAAGACUCCUAAAGUCUUGCAGCCAAAGCACCUUCCUUCACAAUUCCCUUUAAGUUAUAAAAACAACCCGAAGGUGUAUACCGGUAUGACGAAUAGCAGUUGGAUGGGUAGACCUUCUGAUGCUAUGCCUUUUAACCGUCAACCUAGGCCCAACCUGUACUACCCUUAUAUCCAGGAACACAUGGUAAAUUUUCCAGGUGUCCCGAAUCACUGGUACGACCCAUGGCACCUAGGACCACCUCAUUGCACUCCAACCCGAUGUACAGACACCCAGUCCGACCUCCUUUUCAUUCAUAAAUUCUUGCGGUGCUGACGCACAAAUAGAUUUAGGUUAUGGUGACAUUUUAAGCCAGUUUGUAGUAUCCCGUGACUUAUUCACGAUAUUGCUAAUUAAUGCACGUUCCUUAAUCAAUAAGAUAUCUGAACUAAGGACAUUAUUAUUAGUCGCCAAGCCUACUGUAGCUCUGAUUACUGAGUCAUGGUGCUCAUCCUCUGUACUUGAUGUGCAUAUAGGUAUC